CUCAUAACUGAUUGCUUGGCAGAGUCUGACUACAUAUUUGUCGACAAUGAGACGCAGUUUUAUCGUGAUCAUUGGAAUUGCAAACAUCGCAUUAAUAAAUGCCUUCUUCCAGCAAUAUCACCACAGGGGAAAGAGAUCACUUGGCGGAUCCCUUAGUUUGUUGUUCAGAGGAAAAAUUUCUAACCGAGGCAUGUUUCCUUGGCACGUUCGUAUAAACAAACGGGACGCUUCAGGAUGGACAUUUUUGUGUGGUGGUGCGUUGGUAUCUCAACAAUGGGUUCUUACCGCUGCCCAUUGCUUUUACAUUAAAAGAAAUAUUACCACAAACAGUACAUGGUCUGAAGAUAUAAAACCACUCACAAAGUACAAAAUUAUAGCUGGUGAUCACGAAUUAAGAAGCUAUGAAUCAACAGAACAAGAGUUAAAUUUCAAAGAAAUAGUAUUACAUCCCGACUACAGACAUUAUCCUAUAUUUGAGAACGAUAUUGCAUUAGUCAAACUGAGCCGUGAAGUCAUUCUCGGGCCAUUUGUUCGUACUCUUUUUCUACCUGAUCUUGCCCGAGACCUCGCCAAACCAGGAACAGUAGGAAUGGUCGCUGGAUGGGGAAGAACUGAAGCUGGUUAUGCUUCUUCCUUUCUUCGCUUCUCUUCGUUUCUAAUCAAAUCAAACGAUGUCUGUGGAAAAGCAGUAAAUUUCUAUUACAACAAGACAGUAGUAUUUUGUGCAAGUGAUCUCAAAGGAGGCAGCGCCCCGUGUGAUGGUGACAGUGGAGGGAGUAUGGUGCGAAAGGUAUUUCUACAUGGAAAGUAUCGAUUUGUAACAAUUGGUUUGGUCAGUUGGGGUGGAUGUUUGCUAAACAAUCAUGUUGGAUACUACACGAGAUUACAACCAUUUUUACCGUGGAUAUAUCAUAAAAUCAAAAAAAGUGGAUACUCCGAGUGGUCCAGUUGGUCUCAAUGUACCAAGACUUGCGGAGUAGGGACACAGAAUCGCACUCGCUACUGCAAAAAUUCCACAUCUAUGGAAAAGCAUUGCGAGGGACCAGCUUCACAGUCUAUACGAUGCAACAUACAGAUGUGCCGAGUCCCUGUGGACGGCCAAUACAGCGGUUGGUCUGCCUGGUCUCAAUGUACAAAGUCGUGUGGCGGAGGAACAAGGGAACGCACUCGUACCUGUACUAAUCCCAGCCCUAAGAACGGAGGGAAAAACUGCAGUAAAUUUGGUCCAUCUAAGGAUAAAGGAUCUUGCAAUACGCAUGCGUGCCGAAGAGUUCACGGUGGAUACUCGUGGUGGACCAGAUGGUCCAGAUGUUCUACGACAUGUGGGAGAGGAUACCAGUACCGUUCACGUACUUGUACUAAUCCCAGACCCCAAUACGGUGGAAGAGACUGCUGGAGACUCGGUCAAGCUAGGCAGCAGAAGCAAUGCAACAUACGACGUUGUCCAGUUAACGGCGGGUAUACACCAUGGUCCACCUGGUCUCAAUGCAGCAGGACCUGUGGCGGAGGAAACCAAAAUCGCUAUCGCUAUUGCACUAAUCCAAGACCCAGAAACGGAGGAAGAGAGUGUAAAGAACUGGGCAACGCUAAAGAACCUAGAGUUUGCAACAAACAGACAUGUCCAGUUCACGGUGGAUACUCGUCGUGGUCCAGAUGGUCUAGCUGCUCCAGGACAUGUGGGAGAGGAUACCAGUACCGCCCACGUACAUGUACUAAUCCCAGGCCACAAUACGGUGGAAGAGACUGCAGGAGACUCGGUCUAGCUAGGCAGCGGAAGCAAUGCAAUGAACGACCUUGUCCAGUUAACGGCGGGUAUACACCAUGGUCCUCCUGGUCUCGAUGCAGCAGGACCUGCGGCGGAGGAAAACAACAACGCUCCCGCUAUUGCACUAAUCCAAGACCCAAACACGGAGGAAUAGAUUGUAGAGAACUGGGAAAUGAAUCUAGAGAUUGCAAGAAACAGUCAUGUCCAGGAAUAACCAAGAUCAUUCCUAACCUUUGGCCACUUUGCACCGUGAAUACUCCCACACAUUGCAAGCCUUUAAAGUGGAAAUUGAAUUGCAAAGCUGUGCAGUUUGGAAGUAAUUCUGUUUAUAAUUUACUUGGCUGUACUUUGGAUUUCACAGCAAGAAAGUUUGCUUGCAAAUUCAGACACCGAUAUGACAGCGUUGUUUGCUGUGAUCCAGUUUGUCCAGCAAGCUAAAUUCUCGUAGCUAGAUGGCUUUGCUCUAAUUUUGCAGGACUGAUAAGCAAGGAUUAAAAAUAGCUGUAGUAAAUUCUAAAGGGCAAUAAUUAUUAGACUUUAUUAUCAUCGGGUUCUUUUGUUAUUUUUGAUUCUUUAUUUUAAUUAUUGUUUAACGCAGUUUGUUUUGUUAUACAUUAGAAGAAAUCAAUUAGCUAGAACUCAAUGUUGACAACGUUCGUGAUUAUUAAAUACGUUAAGGAAAAUUAAGAGCAUGUUCAAUAAACCAUUAGAUUAGGCAAAA